CCUCACUUUGUGCUGUAAUCUCAGCGGUGACAGUCGUGGAUUUUUAAGAAGCUGGUGUUUUGAGUGUUGCAGAUAAGCUGAGAAAAUUAAAGAAAUAUUUGGUUUCGUAAUUGAAACUACUCGAUGGAUACUGAUAUUUGAAAUAUUCAAUCAUACAAAACAUAAAGUACAAUCUAGUCCAGUUGCCACUCCUAAAAACAGUCCAAUAAAAUGAAUAAUGUUAAGUUAGUUCUGUUCUAAGCAUUGCCAGAUUGAGUUUGUAUUGAGAGCAUUGGAUGGUGGUUUGCCUUCAUAAUUGAAGGUAAACGAUUUUUUCAUCUCCACUGUUGUGAUAAGCUAGGUCAUAUGUUGUCUAGUGACUGGUAAGCUAGCCGGCGCAAAUUGGCUGUGCGGAUUGUGUUUCGUGUUUGUGCGAAUUGUUAUUCUUCAGACAUACAUUGCGACGCGAAUGGAAUACACAAAUUGCUGCGAGUAGCAUGAGAGUUCAUGGAUUUUGGAAUCUGUAUGGUGGUUGGAGGUGAAAUGUGAAAAAUAAUUUUCUGUCGAUGGUGUAGAAGCUGUUUACUAUAUUAGUAAAAGUAAUACUUAGUGAAAUUAAGGGGGGAAAUCAGAAGAGAUUUUGAGUUUGGUUUCAAUUCUAUUACAAAAAAAAAAACAGCAACUGAUCUAGUCAAAAAAAAAAAGAAACAACCAUAAUGGGAAACUUAUCCUCAUCGUCAAGCACAAAAUUAGCAGAAAAAUGUCCGAUGCUCGAAAAAAGCGAGCUUCCCCUCAUAGCGAACUCGUUUCGACUUGUCAGCAAAAACUCCGACAAAUGCAAGGAGGAGGAUCUCAUGAAAUUCUGGGGCUCACAAAUGGAUCCGCGGUUGGCCCAGUACAUAACCAAUUUCCUCUUUGGUCCCUUGGGUUCACGGACAGGUUUCGUAGAGCUGCCCCGGUUUGCUGAACUUUACGUGUACACGGUACGGGGAACGAAGGACGAGAGAAUUUCCGUGUUGCUGAGCAGCUUGGGUCAGACACCUGAAUCAGAAUUAACUGAAAUAGCAUACCCACUAAUCAAGGAGUACGUUGAAGCGGUAGUCAGCAGCUAUAUGCGUGCUAUACGGCUUGAGGGUGGGCCUGAAUUCAAAUCGUGGGAAUCACGUGGAUUCAGAAUCGUGAAAGAGUGCAUACAAAAGCUAGCGGAGAGUUUAGUGUACGACGUUGUACAACAAAGCACACAGAAGGUCACCCGAGCAGACGCAGAACGAUGGCUCAGCAAAAACCCCAUUUUCCUCAAAAUGCUAGAGCAUGUGUUUUCCCACUUGUACAACUAUCGAAACGUGAAAAACAGUUCGGAAGAGAAAAGGAAGGAAGACACGGACGAUAGCAAAUCCAGAAAAAAGGAAAGUGUUCCGCAGCAAGAAAUUGUGUUGCACACUAUGCUGCCGUUUUGUGAAGGCUUACAGUAUAUGCCAGAUUAUCCUGCCUUCACGGAUCUCUCACAAAUGCUGUUCAUCAAUGCGAAUGUCCCGGCAGCUCUGCAAAACAAAUGGCGCUUUCUAUUCUCCUCGCAAAUUCACGGUGAAAGCUUUUCUACCUUAUUAGGUCGCAUCGUUGAUCAAGGACCGACCGUGUUCAUAGUGGAGGAUUCCAACGGCUAUAUUUUUGGUGGUUUUGCUACAGAGUCCUGGGCACUCAGUCCAAACUACGUUGGGAACGAUACUUCAUUCUUAUUCACGUUGCGGCCAAAGAUGCGCAGUUUCCCUGCGUCCGGCUAUAACGAUCAUUACCAGUAUCUCAACUUACACCAGCAGACAAUGCCAAAUGGAAUGGGUAUGGGCGGACAGCACAACUACUGGGGUUUAUGGCUCGACAGCGAGUACGGGUUGGGCGAGUGUGCGGAAUCAUGUACAACUUACAAAGGGUACUUUCAAAUGAGUGCAACCAAAAAAUUUAACGUCCGGAACGUGGAAGUGUGGGGGGUUGGUGAUAAGCCCAUCAAGGAGAGUGAAUCGGACGAAACAUCCACCCGAUCGAUUCUGGAUAGUAAUUCGGACAGCAAGGCGAUUCUGCAAAUGAGCGGACGAGAACAGUAUUCCGAUGGGUACCGAGAAGAGCCAAAAGAUUAAAGGUUGAAAUCGAACGCCAGAAAUAAAAAGAAGAAAAAGUUUCGUUCGCCAGAAAUCAAUCUGGUUGAUGUGUUGGAUACGUUUAACUUCAAUUUUCUCUAGAUAUUUCAAGUAAGGUGUGUAACUGAUGACUUGUCGAUAGUGCAAAAAGUGUUAGCUAAGCAAUGUGUUGUCGUGCUUAUUUCUUCAUCUGGCGUUUCCAAUGCGAUUAUUUAAUUUCACUCGCUGGUGUUGCAUGAAUGAGGGAAAAUAGAAAAAAAAAUGAAUGAUGUGAAAUAGAUACUUGCUUAAAGCAAGCAAAUGGAUUAAGAUGAAUUUUCAAUGAGAAUCUAUAGAUGAGAUUUUAAUGGGAUUAUAAUUAUUCCACACAAGAUACAGCAUAGUUGCAUGAAGAUAUGCUAAUUACAGCUGUAUAAUUUAUUCUGGUUACUGCAUUAGUGAUGAUAGAGGUAGCUAGCUUCAUUCAAAACUAAAUAGGUUAUGUUAUUGAAUGUUACGUUCUUUUGAACCUUAAGCAACUGUAAGUUGAAGGCGCGAAAGUGUUUUCGUAACAAUGAUUUCAAAUAGUUGUGCCAUACAAGCGUCAACGUUAUGUUAAAGUUGCUAGGUAAGAUCGAUUGUGCAUACCGAGUGCAAGGCACUGUUGAAAUGUUUAAGAAAAUAGUGUAUCUAACAGUCAAUGUAUUAUGUGUUUGGUCGUCCAAAUUUUGAUGUGAAGACAAUUAUAUUAGAACGAAACGUGAA